ACCUGUUCUAGAUCCCACACCGCCCUUCCCCAAGGCUGCCUUCACCUCCCACCAGCCAAGCGAGGCGAGGCCGGCACUCGGCGGGGAAGGCCAGCUCGCUGCGGAGCUGGUGUGGGUGCCGUGGGGCCAUGGAAGCUGCGGCGGGGCCUGUGCUGUACCAAAAGCUGCUGCUCUGGGACCCAAGCUUGGGGUCCGACGAGGGGGAGGAGGAACAGGAGGAGGAGACAUCAGAGUUGGCCGCUUCCGAUCCCUGGAGGCCCCAGGACUCUGUGGGCCCCGGCUCAGGACACCCCUCUGGCAGGAGCAAGUUUGGCGGGCUGCCCGGGGCCUGGGCCCGCCUGGUCGCCGCCCUGCUGCUGCUUGCCGUGGGCUUCUCCCUGGCUGCGAGGCAACUCUACGCCAGCGGUGACGGUACAGGAAGCCAGGGCUCGGCAGCCCCCCGGCCCGGCGGGCACUCCCACCACCCUGGCGUGUACCACCAUGGCGCCAUCAUCAGCCCUGCAGCCACGUGCUCCCACCUGGGCCGGGAGCUGCUCGUCGCCGGGGGCAACGUCGUGGACGUGGGAGUUGGAGCAGCUCUGUGUCUGGCGGUGGUCCACCCUCACGCUACAGGGCUCGGUGCCAUGUUCUGGGGCCUCUUCCACAAUAGCACCUCAGGCAGGUCAACUGCCCUGACGUCGGGCCCAGCCCAGACCCUGGCCCCUGGCCUGGGGCUGCCGUCUGCCCUGCCGGCCCUGCGCUUGCUGCACACGCACUUCGGCCGCCUGCCCUGGCCGCGGCUGCUGCUGGGCCCCGCCACGCUGGCUCAGGAGGGCUUCCUGGUGGACACGGCCCUGGCCGCGGCACUGGCAGCCCGGGGCACAAAGGGCCUCUGUCCGCUACUGUGCCGCACCGACGGGACCCCCCUGCGCCCCGGGGCCCGAGCCACCAACCCCAAGCUGGCAGGGGUGCUGCGCACAGCAGCCCUCGCCCCCACCCCAGCCCUUGCUGGGGACGCCCUACUGAGCCUGCUGCUCAGAGACCUGGGGCUGCAGGGAACCUCAUCUGGGCCCACGCCCGCCCUGGAGCCUGCAGUGCAGCUAGCCGUGCCCCAAGGCAUCCUGUCCACCACCCCCAGCCCCUCAGCUGGCCCAGAACUGCUGGCGAUGCUGGAGGCAGCCCUGCACUCUGGAGGGCCCAGCCCCGACCCCUGCCCACUGCUCCCACAAGCUCCUGUGACCCCUGUGGGCAGUGUCCUGGCCACCAUAGACAGCAGUGGCUCCGUGCUCCUUCUCACCUCCUCACUCAACAGUUCCUUUGGCUCUGGACACCUGUCCCCGAGCACUGGGGUUCUACUUAGCAACCUGGUGGCCCAGCCUACAACCAGUGCCUGGGCCUGCCCCCUCAUCCUCCAUGGCAGCCCGGAUGACACAGAGGCUGAUGUGUUGGGGCUGGUGGCUUCGGGAACCCCUGCGGUGGCCAGAGUCAUGACUCAUGCCCUGCUCAGUCACCUGGCCGGGCCCCAAAGCCAGGCCCAGCACCAGCAUCAGCAGGGAAGGACACCGAGCACUAGCGUUUGUGGCCAAGGGACCCUGCUCCAGGUGGCUGUCCAGUCAGAGCACACCCACGUCUCCAGCGUCCCCAGUGGCUGCUGCACCUUCCAGGGGUUCUAA